AUGCAGCUUGCCGAGGUCCAGCCGCUCGCGCUCUCUCGCCGCCCCGCCCCCCGCAAGACCCGCAAGCGCACGACCUACCACGUCGGGACACGCCGAGCUGCCCCGAGGCUCCCGAGGACUCCGGGGCGGGGGCUGCUCCUCCUCCACCUCCCGGGGCCGCCGUUCCCGCGGAGCCGGCUCUGGGCCCACGGGCAAACUCUCUUCAGGUCGACGACCUUCCCGGGGCCCGAAUCGGUCUCUAAGGGCCUCCCCGUCCCGCGGGCGCAGACCGGCCGAGCCCGGGCCGAGCCGCCCUGCUCCGUCGCCGCCGCCACGGCCCGACCCCUCCGGCCCAGCCCGCGGGCUCCGGGGCUCGAGCUCGAGAGUCCCCGCUCGAGCCUCCGCCCGGCCUGCGCGGAGCCGCGCCCGCACAGCCCCGUGCCCGCUGGAUGCCGGCGCGACCGGACAGCGUGCAGCCCCGUAGGCCCCGGGACCCUUGCCCGCCGAGGCCAAAGCCUGGGAACCACUGCGAGCGGUGACCUGGGCACGGGCAGGAAGCGAGAGCAACGCGACGGUACUACGCGUGCGCGAAUACGCACACAGGCCGAGGUGCACAUGCGCAGGACGGCGGCGGCAGUGCGGCUGUUAGAGCCCACUUGGGAGCCCGUCAAAUACCCGACCUCUGUUUCCCGCGAACUACUAACAAGACAGCAAGGAGAAAAAUGAACCUCGCCUUUUCAAUCAGCUCGGCAGAUACAAUCCAUUACAUAGAAGUUCUCCAGCAAAACAAUACACCUGUUUCAGGGUCACAGGACUUGCCAGCGGCAUUUGGUAUAAGUUUUUCAUUGUUCAUCCUAAAUGUACUUUGUCAUCUUGGUGCCCAUCCGUGUCAGUUGUCUCUGUCCAAAGGAAAAAGAAAAC